AUGGGUCAAGACAGUAGUUUUACAGCUCAGAAGAGAGGUGCUGGUGGGUUGCCCACUAGCACCACCGGAACCUCGGCCAAUGGCAGAGCAGGUCGUGCUUAUGGGUCUCUGCCACGUGGCCGACAGAUCCAGAAGACCUUCAACAACAUCAAAAUCACCAUCCUUUGCGGCUUCGUCACCAUCCUCGUCCUCCGAGGCACAAUCGGGGUCGGCAACCUGGGUAGCUCCGAGGCGGACGCCAUCAACCAGAACAUCAUCGAGGAGACCAAUCGGAUCCUCGCCGAGAUCCGAUCCGACUCUGACCCCAACGACCCGGAUGAGCUGACUCAGACCGAGAUCAACCCCAACAUCACAUACACUCUGGGACCCAAGAUCGCGAAUUGGGACAAAGAGCGGAAGGCUUGGCUUCAAUCCAACCCUGAGUUCCCGAGCUUGGUUAACGGUAAGCCUCGCGUUUUGCUCGUAACUGGGUCUCCUCCUAAGCCGUGUGAUAACCCAAUUGGGGACCAUUAUUUGUUGAAAGUAAUUAAGAACAAGAUUGAUUAUUGUAGACUUCAUGGCAUUGAGAUUGUGUAUAAUUUAGCUCAUCUAGAUAAGGAACUUGCUGGCUAUUGGGCCAAAUUGCCUUUGAUUCGAAGACUGAUGCUUUCGCAUCCUGAGGUUGAGUGGAUUUGGUGGAUGGACAGUGAUGCAUUGUUUACUGAUAUGGUGUUUGAGCUUCCACUCUCCAAGUAUAAUAGUCAUAAUCUUGUGAUUCAUGGGUACCCGGAUUUGUUGUUUGAGCAGAAGUCGUGGAUUGCGUUGAAUACCGGUAGUUUUUUGUUUAGGAAUUGCCAGUGGUCUUUGGAUUUGCUUGAUGCUUGGGCUCCAAUGGGUCCCAAGGGUCCGAUAAGAGAGGAGGCUGGGAAGAUUUUGACUGCCAAUUUGAAGGGGAGGCCGGCGUUUGAGGCCGAUGAUCAGUCAGCAUUGAUAUACUUGUUGCUUUCACAGAAGGAUCAAUGGAUGGAGAAGGUUUAUGUUGAGAAUUCCUACUAUUUGCACGGGUACUGGGCUGGAUUGGUGGAUCGGUAUGAAGAGAUGAUAGAAAAGUAUCAUCCAGGCUUGGGUGACGAGAGGUGGCCAUUUGUGACCCAUUUUGUGGGUUGCAAGCCUUGUGGAAGUUACGGGGAUUACCCUGUUGAGAGGUGCUUGAGCAGCAUGGAGAGGGCUUUCAACUUUGCAGAUAACCAGGUGCUUAAGCUGUAUGGGUUUAGGCACAGGGGAUUGUUAAGCCCUAAGAUCAAGAGGAUCAGAAAUGAGACGGCCACUCCUUUGGAGUCUGUUGACCAGUUUGAUAUUCGGCGGCAUCUGGUGCAUGGGGAUAGUGGAUCACACAGCUAG